UCUCCAUUGUAGUGUUUUUCCCUACUGGAACGUUUGGUUGUGCACAUCAAGUUUUUUUUUCUGAUGGUUGCCUGAGCUUAAUGCAAGUUUUUUAUUUCGCAUAAAAAAAUAUUGAUGAAAAAUUACAUUUUGGUACCUGAACUUAUAAAAUUUUACAAACAGGUCCGUUGUUAAAGAACUUCCGGGCCACUUUAAGAAAUUUGUGGACUGGAUUUCGUGGUUUGUGAGAUGGAUUUUGUGGUUUGUGGGGAAGAUUUUGCGGUUUGUGGGGUGAAUUGGUUUGUGGGGAGGAUUAUGUGGUUUGUGGAGAUGAUUAUUUGUGGAGAGGAUUCUCUGAUUUCUAGAUAGGAUUUAGGGGUGGGCACAUGGGUGGUUGAUCCGUGGGUUGAUAUCGAUCCACCCGCACAUAACCCGAACCGCACUUAGUGGGUGAUGGGUGGAUUGGGGGUCAACCGAAUGACCCGCACAAUAUUUUUCACAUGACAAAAUGUUGUUUCUUUUGCUAUCGAAUAUUCAUUAUAUUUCCUAACUGCACUACACACUGACCAUCUACUUCUAAAAAUAGAGAAUAAAGAAUAUUUUUGGGCUACUAUCAUUGGUUAUUGUAUCCAUUCGAUAUUGGAUGUAAAUUACAAAUGAUUUAUUUUUAUCCAUUUUGUCAAUUUCUCUAUACCAUUGGUUGAUGUAGUAUUGAAAAUUUUGAUACCAAUACUACAUGGAUUCACAUGAGAUAAAGUGAGAGGUGUAUGAAUUGAUAAAAUCUUACUAAUUUACAAGAAACUUAUUAUAAAUGUCAGUAAACUUUCUAAAUGGCUAAUUGGAGAAUUAUUUUUGCUGGUUAACCCACAAUCCAACAGCACCCAUCCGCCACCCACCCAAUCCAACCCGCAGAAUAAUGUCGGUGGAUAGUAAGCUGGUGGAUCUAUUUGAAACUAAAAUUCACCCAACCCGUAGUAGGAUUAUAGGGUUUUUUGGGUGGAUUUUCCCUUCCCCAUUUAAUUGCACACGUGACUCCCUCUUUCCCUUCCCCCAUAUUUUCUUAAUGACCAGCGUGCCCCUCCGUCCCUUCCACUUCAUUAAUUGUGGUCAACUCAUUUAAAUGAAAAAGUCAUCCAAACGAGAUGUUUCUAUUGGUUGGAGCUAGUGUUAGUACCAUACUAACAAAAAAAGUGUUAGCACAGUAGCCCAACUCAUAUAUAACAUAGCGAUUUAUAGAAUAUUGACAUUUAUAUGGCACCAAAUUCAUGGGGUAGGCACCAUAAUAUAACAACAAUACAGGGGUAGGAUACAGUGACUACCUUCAAAGAUUGAUUUUUGACACCCCCUUCCUCAUUGGGUCCAUUUUCCCUCAAUCAUUUGGCAAGUAUUCAUGAAAGUUGUAGAAUUUAACACUCACAUUAUAUACACAUUGGGAAUUAAAUACCUCAUAUUAAUUACUUGCUUUUUUCAAAUUUAAACCUAUACUAAAUACAAUUCUCUCUAAAAAAAGCUAGUAAUCCCACUUCUCUCCUCCCUCUCAUCCUGUUGCCGUCGUUUCCUCUCCCCAUCUCCUCUCCGUGCAAGUAUAAAUUUCCAGAUCCGAAUUUUCGAUUUCCAGUUAUGAUUUUUGUACCACUGCACUAAAACUCAGAUAUGAUAUUUUGCACCAGUGCACUAGUAGUGUUACCAAUGCACCGGUAGCGAUAUCAAUGCACUAGUACAAAUAUCAGAUUUGAGUUUAAAUGCAGUGGUACAAAUAUCAGUAUAGUGGUUCAACAUAUCACUGCACUGAUACAUUUUUGUAGGUGACCGGAGAGAGUCUGUCGGCGGGAUUUCACCUGAGAAGUGUGGCGGUCGGAGACUGGUGGAAAAUGAAGAAUAAGAGAUAGGGAGAGAGAAUUGUAUUUAGUGAAGGUUUCAAUUAAAAAAAACAAGUAAUUAAUAUGGUGUAUUUAAAUCUACACAAUAAAUAAAAGUCAAAUGAUAAAACUUGAAGCCCCAUUCCAAAUUUCCUGCAUCUAGAGUGAAAGUAGGAAGGACAUUUUGGUCUUCACAAUUACUUUUUUUUAUUCAUUAAAAAGACACUUACUAGGAUUCGAACCAUUACCACUUUAAAGAAAAAACAAAGAUCAUAACUAAUCACACUAAGUACAUUUGUUGCAUCUUUUUAAAUUAAAAAUAUAUAAUCGCAGAGAGGAAAAAACUCUUCCCCCUUCAAAUUCCCUACUCCAAGAGUGUUUGUAGGAAGGGUAGAAUAGGGAGUGUCAAUUAUUUUAUUUUUCCUCUGUGGAACGGGCCAAAUUACCGUACACAUGCGGAUUUAAACGGGUCCAGGAGUGUCAAAUUUUUUCUUUAAGUCCUUUUAUUUCUCCAUGGUGGUAAAAUAUAUAUGAAAAGACAAAAAAAAACUCUUUUUAUUGCUAAAAAGAAAAAAAAUUUAACAAUAAACUAAUGCCGAUUCUAAUGGGCUAAUCGCUAAUCAUAAAAUAAAAGAGUUGAAUGGGCCUGACCUACACGGGAUUUGCCCAUCAGGUAAAACAAAUGAACAUCUUGGGUUUGCCUUUGUCAUUCUAAAACAAGCUAUUUUCUUUAGCAUAAUAUAUAUUAUGUUAUUAUUUUAUAUCUUAGUGGCUAAAAUAUAAUGUAUUUUAAAAGUUAUUCAAUGGUUCAACCUCGACCAACCCAAUUAGUCCAAUUUUUAUCAUUUCAAAUAUAUAUUAUGUAAUUAUUUGAUAUCAUAAUGAUUAAAUUAUAGUGUAUAUUAUAGGGAAUCAUUUGGUAUUUGUUAGUAAAAAAUUAAACAAAAAGAUCUAUUUGGUUAUUUUUAAUAUUAAAACGAUCCUAAACAUUUUCAGUUUCCUUUCGAAAUUCUACAGUUUUAUUCCCGAAUCAGUGAUGUGAAAAUGGCGAAUUGCAGUCAUCUCUUUUCUUUUAUUAUUUUUUAUUUUCAAAUAGAAAGUUUAAAUGUAAAGAAUAAUUAGAGUUUGGCAUGGGUCAGUCAAACAGGUUGAAUUUCAAGUUUUGGCCGGUUUUAAUCAAGUCUAAUUUAUAAUCACAUUGUUCCCUGAUACCCGAUAAAAAACUCAAUCCAAACCAGUUUGGGAGGUGAGUCCGUGUUUACCACCAUUUUCUAGGGAUACAGGAACGGUGGUUCCUAUCCCAAAUCGUGCUGUUCAUUCUUGAUUUCUUUAGAUUUUAUCAUGGCUUGGCAAAAAACCAGAAAGUACAAUGAUGACAAGAUGAAAGUUUUAAAAAGCAAAUUAAUCGGCCAACAACGAUUGUGAGAUGCUCAUUUCCCGAAAACCGGCGGGAUAGGCGAUUUUUUAUUCAAUUUUCUGGAAUUCGGUUUUCAUAGAACUUACUCCACCUCAUCAUAUUACCAUAAACAAUAUUGUUUCACAAGGUAACAAGUACUUGAUUUUGGUUCAUAAGGCUGAUUUUUUAUUCGUUGAAUCAUUCAUGUCUCUUUCCUACUAAAAUUCACCAUUUUUAUCACGUGUUAAAAAAAACUAUACAACAAUAAGCUAUACACACCAUUACAUUAUUCAUACCUCACCUUCCUCCGGCCAAAUGGCCGGGGCCCACGCUAGUUUCUAUAUGUAUUUAAUAUGAGUGUUAAAUUAUAUAAGUUAGCAUUUAAUAUUAAGGGAGUGUCAUUUUUCAACCUUAUGGGGUUAGCAAGCUAACCGACCCCAACAAUACGAGAGCGGUAUCAUAAUAUAAUACCCGUGCAAUCCGGUAUGGACCAAACUCUUUGCACAUUCCUAAUUGUCAUAGAUGGUUUAGCCACCUUAUGAACAUUUCAUUUAUUUGUAUGAAUGAUGAAUUAAACACGAAUACGGUUGAAUUAAACAUUUAGCCACCUCAUGUCUCCCGUUUAUUUGAUGUUUUUGUAUUAAUUAAACACGAAUACGGUUGAAAAACAAGAAUACGAUGAAUGAAUGAUGCCAUUUUCGCCAUCAUGCAAAUCAUCAUGCAACCCUUCUAUCGCCAUCGAACACAAGUAGUGAUGGCAAUUUCAACCCGCCCUGUGGGUAUUAUCUGAUCUGACUUGCGAUGGGGCGGGUAUUAUCCGACCUGCAGUAGCGUGAGGCGGGGCAUGUUUAUCUACUUCCGACCCGCCCUGCCUCACCUCGCCCUGUUCUAUACUCAUUUUAUCUCAAUUUCUUACAAUAUCUAUACAUAUUUCUCCUAUUUUGACUUUUCUUCAACUAGUUAGAGUCGAUCUUUCAACUUGUUAGGCUCAAUUAUCCAUUCUAUUAUCAAUAUUUUUCAUUCUUAAAGUGUUUUUCCCAACGUUUUAUUGUAAAAAGUAAAAUGUACUUGUAUUUUUUUUUUAACAACAUGUAAGAGUGGGUCGACCCUCCCCGCCCCGUACCCACGCGAGUUUUACCCGCCCCGACCCGUAAUAGCGUGGGACGGGGCAUGAGAAUUGAGGUACCCGCCCCGCUCCAUUGCCAUCACUAAACACAAGCGCAAGCUACAUGCAUGCAUGGCUGGAGAAGAAGACUAGAUCACACAUACGUUUUGGGUGUACGUACGUAGAUCGAUCGAUCACAUCAUCAUCACACACUCUCAUUUUCCAUGAUCCUCUGCAAUAUAUACCCAAAUUAAAACACCAAAACCCUACAACGCAAUUAAUAUACAGCUUUCCUUCUCUAAUCGAUCAUCAACAACAACGAUGGCGGCGGCAGCUGGCAGCAGCAACAACAACAACAACUGCCUCAUGGAACUGGACUUCGAGGCAAGAUGGAAGCACCGCUACUCCCUCCCUCCGUCGACCACGGUGGCGCAGCUGAAGCAGAUGAUCCUGCAGGACUUCGGGAUCGCGCCGGAGCGGAUCACCCUCAAGCUGAUGCCCUACCAGACGACGAUGCAGCCCGGCCACCGGACGCUGGCUUCUUACCGGAUCCCGGCCGGAGGAGAGAUGACGUGGCUGACGGUGGACAUCGCGAAGAUCAACGUCAUGGCGCGGUUCACCGACUACGACAAUUUGGGGUAUCCCAUCCCUUGCUACGAGUUCGACUCCGUGGCGGAUUUGAGGAGGCUCGUCGUCGAGCAGCUGCGUGGGACCGGGGUGGACGACAUUGGAGCCGAGGAUAUGGAGCUGUUUUGCGGCGGCGUCAAGUGUGGCGAUCCUGGAGCGCGGCUUUCUCAGUACGGCGUCGGGGAUCUGGUCACUUGGGUGGGCGUCAAGACCACCAAGCCCAUUGCAGCUCUGCGACGUCGUAUCACUAGUGCUCUUUGAUAACUCGUAUUCGUGUUUUUCCAACUACUGUAUGCAGGCUGGAUCGCUUCUUCCCUCUAUAAUCGAUAUGCAUCUUGACAUGACACUCGUGUUUAAUACGGAAAACAUCGUAGCACGAGGACGAUUCUUAGUAUUAGAGUGGGUGAUUUAAACGCACUAUAAGAGUGCUUAACGGUCUCUGCCAAUUAGUGGUGUGCAAACGGAUUAGUCCAUACCAGAUUGUACCGGACCAAACAUGUCGAAUCGAGUAUAAUACGGUCGGAUUGUUGGUCCUAUAAAUUAUAUAAAUAUUCAAUAUAAAUGAAUUGAAUUGAU